GUUAAAGUCAAAUAAUGAGUGUCUAUAAAUAAGUUUGACUUUUAAGAAUUAUUGUUCUUGAACUAAUGCAACUUCUCAAGCUGUUUAUGUUGUGUUAUUUGUGGUUCGGAAAGUCCUGUACAGUUACAGAUGAAGCUUUCAUCAAUAUAGUUGAUGUUGGUCGGCUGAAACGUCCGAGAGUAUUGUCCAACCAGAAGGUUAGCGGCGUCACCGUCGUUAUUGGUCGGCCAUUAUGAACUAGCAGUCGGGAAACUCCAGUUUUGGCCUGUCGAUGAGAGGCUGCAUGACGGGAUAAGCUUUUCGGAUUGGAGACAAAUUUAUCGAUAAGUUUUAUCUGGUACUGAAACAUGUCCUCUCUUAUUGCCUUUGUGCAUAUGUUCCUUAUAUGUUUGUAUUGCCCGUAUGCGCCGAUGUUAUCAGUUCGUUUGUAUUCCGCCCAACAGUGCCUUUUUCGGCCUAGCAAACGAAGAGUACGGUUCUUGAUGACUGUAUGUUGCUUGUAGAUUUUGGGGAUCGUUUGAGGAACAGACAGCUUUGUAGCGCAUAAGAUCGUGUGCAGUAGUUAAUUCCAAUGAACAUCCACAUCAUGUUGAGGGUGAAUUCCCAAAUCCACCUGUUGUAGAUUGUCCUGUAAAGCCGACACAUUCAACCGUUUGAAAUCCCAGCGCCUGUUGUUGGUGGGAUGUCUUAGCUUACAAAGUCUAAGCGCGACGGCAUCGAGUCGCGGUUGACUAUGUUCACCACUAGAGGAACCAUGUGGAGAGGUGGAGCCCAGGGAUUGUGAGAAGGACGAAUAAUACCAGUAGCUGGUAAAUUGUCAAACGUUUAGCGAAGGCCAAUUCGUCCAGUACUAGUCGGCGAGGUUCUUCUGUGACUGGGGGUCCGCAGGUGACUAUGUGGUCUAUCACAAGAUUGGUCACCAAUGGGAUCUCGAUAGGUUUAGUUAAUUGAGGAAAUUUCUCGAAUAAAGCGUGGAAUAUAUCGUCACGCGAAUAAAAUACACCUAAGAAUCAGUACGCGUUUGUUUGAGCUUUAAAGCUCAUGAAUUUACUGUUCGACGAAUUAUCGAUUAGCUACACCCUACAUGAAUCGACUAGCAAUUCAUAGUGUUGCAGGAAAUCGAUACCGAAUAUGGUUGCGGGAACAUCGGCAAUGAUGAGCGUCCACAGAUACUGUCGUCGGUUGCCCAGGUUGACCGCGAGUUGUGUACCAUAGAUAGGAAUGACAGCCAUUCGCAGCGCGUAGUCGAAGCAUCGCAGCUUGAGACUUACUGUUACCAAUAGGUACAACAGAAACUUAGACACUUGUGUCUACUAGGUAUCAAGCGUUAAAAGAAGCGACCAACCUUAUGUGAGGGGCCGGCGAGUACAGCCGCAUUUACUCGGCAUGAAAUUUUCCCGUCACUACCAAAAACCUUUUCGAUACAAAAUAUAUAUAUUAUAAGUUCACCUGACAUACUACUUUGAGUGUGUCGUUUUCAAGGAAACCAUAUCAAAUCCAACAUUUCAUAGUCCUAAUAAUCAUUGCCACAUAGUCAGGAAGUUACCAGGUUACCUACAGCAACCUCUGUACUAUAAGCCGUCGCACUCCCAACUACAGUUCCGCAAAUCAUGUCUCAACUUUUAAAACCCUUUUGGCCGUUCGUUUCUUUUCAAGUGUUAUAUUCUUCACCAACUUACUUGUUAACCUAGCUUAUUCAUGCACUGUAUUAUAUCUUCUAUGCCAUUUGAACUUAACAACUAUUUGAAGUGCCCUUAACAUUUUACACUAAACCCAUCAUGAUCCUUAGUGCCAUGCGUAUUUAGGUUUAUAAAUAGCUCUAUCGCAUCAGUAAGAUAACAAAGUCACUGCAUUAUGACAAUAUGGUACUACACUGACAUAAUGACUAAACCAUCACGUAGUAGUUAGUCAAACAAGCAUUCAAAGUAAAAUCCGGGGCCUGUUACUAAAAUCAACACUAAUCAGACGAAUAUUUCUGGACCGCAAUUCGGAAUAUCUGGCAGCUCCAAGUCGUUAAUUCUACAAACUCCUGAGAUUUUCGAACCAUUCUAAGACCUUAUCAGUCCAAUUGGAGGUUUAGCGACACAAUCAUCCAUACGAAUCUUUAGUAUAAAUAGUCGAGCGAAUCUCCUACAAACUGAAAAUAUCACUGUCGAAUUUACCACACAAACAACUGCCACUAAACGCACGUCCUCAGUGAACCUACAUCUGUCUGCGAAUCUAUUCCGUUGAUGCUUCGAGGCAUUUGAAGACGUAUCUACUGAGAUGAUCAGAAAUAAUUGAAUUAUACGAACUUAUAGUCUCCGAAAUAACUCAACUAAUGCAAAAUGUAAAUAUGUGAACACAAACGAACGUAGUGUAUUGGGAAUUCAAAAUCAGGCUAACAUCAGGUACAAAGGAAUCAUUAGUUCAUGCAAACAUCACAGAUUAACUUGCUAUCUAAGUUUCUGUGAUCACUUGAACGUCUUAUCAUUUGGUUCAUUGUAUCUCUGUCAGGCUGUGUAUUAGAUACACUCAAUGUAUGAUCUAGAAUAUGCUCAUUAAUAAUAGAGUUAAAAACUAAAAUUGGAACGGACGAACCUGGGUACAAGAACUGUAUAUGAUCGGGUUUACAACUCACCACUACGAUUUUACGGACUGGUUUUAAACUUAUAUGCGGCAAACGGAAAACCGAUCGCCACAGAUUUUAAACAAUACGUGUAUCUUAACAUUGUUUCACGCAAACCGAUCCAUUUUAUUUUCGUUUUCGCAGACAGUUUCAUGCCAGUUAUUGAAAUAGACUUGCUACAACAUCAUAAUUAGCUCAUCAACAUGAGUAAACGGAAGCACUAAUUUAUCUAUUUGUGUAAUGUUUUUUCUAAUUGUAGUUUAUCCCUUAUCACAGGGUAGUGGUAAAUAAAUCCCCGAAAUAAAUAGCUCCACUGUGCGUCGGAAUAUAUCAUACCUAACAUUGGUUUACACUACUGGAGAGUCAAACAACCUGAGCGGAAUUACCGAAAAUUUAUAAUUGUGGAUUUUCCGUACCAGACCAAUUCGAACACGCAUCAACUUGGUGAACGUUCACGUCUGGAGGUAUUGGUGAUCCACUGCUAGUAGAUACGGAAGCCCGUUCAGCGCAUGCUUUUACUUUUCCGUCGACAGCAACUUGAAGCAUUAGAAUGGCGCGAUUUGUGGAGGAUGCGUUGCGAUGUGCAAUGAAUCCACUUAAGUUUGAGAGCUUUUAUAAAACACAGCGUUAUAUCUCUCCGGAAUACCUGAGGUGUUUUUGAUAGGGCGGGUUGAAGUCACAUGGAAAUUUCACAUUCAGUUUCAAAAGCUUUCAUACCGUUUCGGCCAAUUAAAUGGUUGGUUUUGAAAGGUAACAGUCGGUUGUUUACUUCUUAAAAUCGAUACAAGAGGCAAAUACUUCUCGACUAAUCAACUUUUUUCUCCUAAUUGUGAACGUAAAUAACGUACAAAGCGCAAGCUCUAUCGUUUCGAACGUUGUCACUGACAUGGGUAACGUGUUCUUGAGCACGUUGUAUUUGAUAUCCUUCCAAUCGCUUGGAGCGCUAAAGAGCGCCAUCAGAAAUUACGAAUGGGAGCGAUGUACUGUUUUUAUACUGUUCGCAACUCUCGUUUCCACAAGAUUCAGAAGCCGUCUAUUCUAUUUAUAUGUUGGAGAAAUGGUCGUAGAACACCUAAUUGGUCUCCACAGCCUAUUAGACGAAGGAGGUUAGUUGAUUAAUGUUAUUACACUGUUCAUGAAGGGCUGUAAUGAGCACUCAGUGCCCGACAUUCAUCUAUUGUAAAUUUACUGAGGAUUAUUGGGUUGUUGUUCGUUGGAAUGCGCAUCACAAUCAUGAGUGCGACUUCAUCAGAUACGACAACAGUUCUUGGAUGUGCAGGUAACUGACAGUGAUACCUCUGCUGAUUUCGGGGACUACAGCAUUCACUAUUGUCCACUUCGUCUGCCGAUCUUAUUGGAAAGGCCUGAAUACGCAAGAUCAAAUCAAUAAAACUGAAUUUGCUGGUAGCUGACAUGUUUUAGUUCAUUACCGACUAUAUUUGUUUAAUUUACAAACUCCAUGGUUUCCCAGCUUGAACAGGCAAUUAUAUAUUUGAACCAGUGUCCUAUUUGGUGAAAGGCGAACUAAUGAACCGCAGCUCUUUAAGUUCAAACCAGUUGUUUGAAGUAAUCGAAUUUGUGUGGAUUGUCGAGUACUCUAAUUAGAUGAAGCGCUCAUCAAAUAGUUUCUUCUUAGAUUGCGUCGACUAAUUCCUGACGACCACCCUCUGACUCCAGUUUGGUCUCAUGACCGCAUAAGAAAUUUUUUAAAAAGUUCAUAGAAACUGAAGUGACAGAAACAGAAAACUGAGUUUAAUUGAAACGCUGUCCAACUUUUAUAUUCGUGAGAGUAAUGCACAAUCGUGCUAGCAUACACGCAUGCACGAAACAUCCUAAAGGUUACUUACUGUUGAGUAACUGGCGAGGAAAAUUGUUAGGGUGGUAGGAUAACUAUAAGUGCUAGAAUAAUUGAUGUUCACAAACGUCAUGAUUAUUCAUACAGGUGCGUGAUGACAUCCACUGCUUUAAAUUAAAUUUGAUGAUUGUUUUCCAUAUUUGCUUGAACAUAUGAGAAGCUUACCUGGAAACCAAUCUGUUCACAAUUUAAGGCCUGAUAGAUCAAAAGUAACAUACAUUAUCUUCAGACAAUUGCAGCAUAACAUGGUUGUGAAAGUCAGAUUACCAAUAUGAAUACUAUGAAGUUUUGGGCGUGAACUCACAACCUCAUUUACAAUGAUUUUUUAGAAUAAUUAUUCUAUGCAACAAAAGAACGAAAUCCUCCUUAUGAUAUGAAAAUAUCCAGCAAGAGUUAGUGUACACAGAUGUUGUUGCUAUGUCACUGCAUUGUACCACUGAGAAUGAGUUGAAUUUGGAUACAUGAACCGCCGAAUUCAUAUUCAGUGUUCGAAUGCUGGUGUAGUGUUUGAAUCUCCAGAUUUGCAAAAUUGGUUAAUGUUGACUACGUUUGUAAAUGAUUUCAGUUAUUCUUCACGCUGUUCUCGAGUUCUAUUUACCUAUAACCACCGUUGCCUAGAUACUGUUGCUUAUGUUAACCCCUCAUUUCCUUGGAUACUUCGUACUGUACACUAGUUACCGCUCGUCGGACAUGUUGCGAUUUGCUGCCACAGUGUGUCUCCAAAAUGUUUGCUUCAUGAAUUUACAAAUUAUACUUUUCAACGCUACCUGGUUAGUUGUACAUCAUCAGGCUGAAAAGUAUCCACAUAUUUUGGAGUCAUCUGUGCCAUGUACUGAUUUUGGACUUAUCACUUACCUCCCAAGUGCGCAGUCACCAAUAACUUAUAUUGAGUGACGCUUGAAUAAGUUGAGUUGGCUCACUUGCCUUCUCCGAUUUGUUUGGCUUCGCUCUCUCUUCUUCGCUUCCUUCGCUGAGUUCCUCUGAUUGUCUGUUCCGAUCGACGAUUGUGUGAAAUAUAUGUAUUCAAACUCCAUUCUCGUAUUUAACUUAUUUAAUUCCGUUACUCGCUAACGCGAUUCAAGUCAAUGAAAUAUACAAAGAUAGCCGACAUUUUUAUUAAUAUCACAUUUAUAAAUGUUCUGCUACCUAGGGUUGCUAUCUAAUCCUUU